AUCAGUAUUAACGGAGGAGACACUUUUAACAGAACUCAGACGUUACCCACCAAAGACAAGGUAAGAGCCAGAAUAGUCAGUCAGUGAAUUUUGUUUUCACGUGCAUCUUCCGUUCAUCAUGGAUAGCAAAUUAAUAUUAACACUCUGGCAAAAAAAAGAGUGAUAGAUUGCAUUCAUCCAGUUUUUAAGGUAUCUUUUACUGCUCAAUGUGAAAGGUGCUUUCCGUGGUGCUGAAAUGUCUCUGCGCUCCUCAGACUUCGUGGCACAUUCUUAACUUCAUGUACUUAUGGCUAACUGGUACACGUGGCAUAGCUUCUCAUUGGGUCUUCACAGUUUGAAAAAAGAAGAAGAAAAAAUGUGUUUUUUUAUGAAGCGGAAUAAAACAUUUUUAGAUAUAUAUGGGUCUAGACGUUUAGUAUUGUAGAUGUCAACAAAAAUAGCAUAAGCUGGUGAAAUAGGGAGGGACGCAAUGAAGCGUUCCGUCCUAAAAGACCGGCCAGCUUGUUUGUAAAACGGCUUUGUUUUGUAUUUUUUGUGGUGGAAGCACAUUCAACAUGUCGAUAACAUUUAAACCAGUUAGAAAUGUGUUCAACAGCAACAGCUAGAAAAAGUCAUAUAAUCAGUAAUUUAUUCAUUUACUUCACCCUUUUCUAUCUUACAAUCAUCAAUAUAUUAUUGUCUCUCUUUCCAUUUCAAGCAUUCUUCUCUGAUCAAUUUAGUCUUGAACUACUUGGCUUCUUUCGCUGUUUUCAGUAUUUUUGUUUGGCAAUAAACAAGUAUACUGCUUCACGGAAUCGAUCAUCAUAUACAUGUUUGGUGUAUCGUUUAAGAAAAGACACUAACUCAUGGGGCGUAAGAGUCCACUGUGGUCUAUCAAAAAGAACACAAGAUGUCGCUCGAGACCACACAUUUAUUCGUGUUUAUUAAUGAAGUAAAACUCCUCCUCCGCUGUCUGUGAAAUAAGAAACAGCCUGUAUGUUUCGUGGGGGCUGGGUUAGUUCAGCACGUCGUCUUGAAAGAUGGUCCAUACAUGAAGAGAGCUUGUCUGUCUUGUGGAUAUUUUCCCGUUUUCGUGGCUGAAUGACGUUUGUUUGUCUGAUUUUCUCCUCUAAACAAAAGGAUGAGUCGUCAACAGAAUAGAGUGGCGGAAUGGAUGUUGUGCGCAAUUCUUCUUUGUUUAUCUGACUGGUCCGCAGCUCAGAUUUCCUACUCAGUUUCGGAGGAGGUGGACAAAGGCACAGCGGUGGGAAAUAUCGCAAAGGAUUUAAACAUUAACACACAGCAACUGGAGGAACGGGGAUUUCGGAUUGUAUCGGGAUACAGUAAGAAAUAUUUCGAGGCAAAUUUAAGAACAGGGGUUUUGGUUGUUAACGAAAGGAUAGACCGUGAAGAGCUUUGUCCGAAUUUACCGAAGUGUUCCUUAAAUAUAGAGGGGCUAUUGAGCCAUCCCAUGAAUAUUUAUCGCAUUGAGGUCACUAUUGUUGACAUCAAUGAUAACGCACCAUCGUUCCUUGAGCAAACCCAUGUGUUUAAUAUCUCCGAGUCUUCUUCAACGGGAGAGAGGUAUCCGCUCCCAAUAGCGCAGGAUGCAGACACCGGCAGUAAUUCAGUGAAAACCUACAAGUUAAGUCCGAACGAGCAUUUCUCUAUAGAUGUGAGUAGCGGAGGGGACAGUGCGUCCGCUGAGUUAGUGCUGCAGAAAGCUUUAGACCGAGAGAAGCAACCCACAAUUGAAUUAACAUUAACCGCUGUAGACGGAGGAAAACCUGCAAGAUCUGGCACUAUGCAGAUUCUUGUGAAUGUGAUAGAUGUCAAUGAUAACACGCCGUCGUUUAGCAAGCCGCUAUAUAAAGUAAAAGUCAGCGAAAAUGCACCCAUAGGUACAACAAUACUGAAACUAAAUGCCACUGAUUUAGAUGAAGGUCUACAUUCAGACAUCAAAUAUGCUCUAAUGAAAAGAGGAAAUACAAACUCUCCUGUAAAAUUCAUUGUUAGCCCUGAAAGCGGUGAAAUCACAGUGAAUGCUAAUUUGGAUUACGAGGACAGCAAUGCAUAUGAACUGCGAGUACGAGCAACAGACCAGGGGCAUUCCCCUCGCAGUGGUUAUUCUAAAGUACUGGUAGAGGUUGUCGAUGUCAACGACAAUGCACCAGAAAUCUCCAUAACUUCACUAAUGACUCCAGUAAAGGAAAGUGCUGAAAUUGGAACAGUCGUUGCAUUGGUGACUGUGACUGAUAAAGAUGGAGGGAAAAACGGCCUUACCACUUGUAAAAUGAAAGACUCCGUCCCUUUUACAUUAACGUCAAAUUACAAAAACUAUUACUCUCUCAUAGUUGACGGUCUCCUUGACAGAGAGCUUGUAACACAUUACAAUGUAAGCAUUACUGCUACGGAUGCAGGUAGUCCGCCUCUUUCUAGCACUGCUGUAAUCACUGUGCACAUUUCUGAUAUUAACGACAACGCGCCGCAUUUCCCACAAGUCAAUGUAUAUAUUUACGUGACAGAGAAUAGUAAAGUUGGAGAUACUGUAACAAGAACAACUGCACAAGAUGCAGAUGCUGACGAAAAUGCUAAAUUGACCUAUUCAUUAAUGGAUAAUUAUCCAAAAAACUUUCCAAUUUCAACAGUUGUAAACAUAAACACAGAGACUGGAGACAUAGUCAGUCUGCAGUCGUUUAACUACGAGGAGUUAAAAUCGUUUCAGUUUAAAGUUCAG